AUGCGCCGCCUUGCGUGUGAGCGGCUCUUCGCUGCUGCGACUGCUGUUGUGACUGCCACAGUAAGGCGAAGAUGUGGGUGUGCGAAUGCCUGUAGCCAAAACUCGCGGCCGUAUGAAGUUCUUCGUGGUGAGGGAAGUAACGUCGAGGUGCGAGCAUGGAUCAGAGGUGUUGAGGUGGAGCGCUCAGCGCACGAGCAGCUACUUCAACUCUCACGUAUGGGUGAAAUCAUUCGACACCCCAUUGCCGUCAUGCCGGACGUACACACAGGCCAUGGCGCCACCGUAGGAACUGUCAUCCCGACGACAGGCGCGUUGAUUCCUGCAAGUGUUGGGGUGGACAUUGGCUGUGGCAUGAUCGCGGUGAGGACCACUCUCACCCCGCAAGACCUUCCAGGGUCGCUCACCGAAUUACGAUUGGCCGUUGAGAUCGCCGUCCCACAUGGACGGACGCACAAUGGCAGAAGCGGUCUUGAUGCUGGAAGUUGGCGAGGCGAUAUACCAAAAAAUGUUGCAGCUGUUUGGAAUACACAUUUACGAAAUGAGUUUUAUGAAAUAUGCGCGUCGCACAAGGCGAUUGAGGCCAGCAACCACAUAUCCCAUCUCGGGACGCUUGGUGGUGGAAAUCAUUUCAUUGAACUUUGCGUUGAUGAUGCUGAUGCUACGAAUAACGCCCAAGACCCUCAUGUGUGGGUAAUGCUGCACUCUGGAUCAAGGGGAGUGGGGAAUCGCAUAGGCACCGUUUUUAUUGAGCUUGCCAAGAAGGACAUGGGCAAUCAUAUUUCCAAAUUGCCCAGCGCCGAUCUUGCAUACCUGCGAGAGGGCUCCCCGCACUUUGACCAAUAUGUGAAAGCCGUUGAUUGGGCUCAGCGUUACGCCAAGUGGAACCGAGAAAUUAUGCUACAAAAUGUCCUGCAGGCCAUCCGAAGUUGUAUCCCGCAACCCUUUAGUGUUGACGCAAUGGCUAUCAACUGUCAUCAUAAUUACAUUGAACACGUCGAGUUAGACCCGCAGAAUCACGUUUGGUUGACACGGAAAGGGGCGACUUCCGCACGUGGUGGAGAACUCGCAGUGAUUCCAGGUAGUAUGGGAGCGAAAAGCUACAUUGUGCGUGGGAAAGGCAGCCCGCUCAGUUACUCCUCUUGUUCGCACGGUGCUGGGAGGCGCUACAGCCGUGGAGAGGCAAGGCGACGCUUCACACUUGAAGAUCAUGAGGCAGCCACGGCUGACGUGGAGUGUCGCAAAGAUACCGAUGUACUCGACGAAACUCCUCUGGCGUACAAAAAGAUUGAUGAUGUGAUGCAGGCUCAGGGAGAUCUCGUGGAGGUUGUUUGUACGCUUAAGCAGGUACUUUGCGUGAAGGGGUAA